AUGGAUUUCCAAGAUGGCAUUUCAAGAUUCAUAUCAAAUUCUCCACCAGCUCAUUACCUAGUAAAAAUCCAAUUCUCACUUCUCACAAAUAAUUCCAUAGAAAGAUAUGAAUCAGGGAUAUUUGAAGCUGGAGGCUAUAAGUGGAACUUGAUUCUAUAUCCAAGUGGAAACAAGGGCAAGAAUGUCAAAGACCACAUUUCACUAUACUUGGCAUUGGAUGGAACAAGUUCAUCAUUUAAUCCUGACUGGGAAAUCUGUGUAAAUCUUCGUUUCUUUGUGCUUGAUCAAAACAAUCACAACUACUUAGUCACCCAAGAUACAAUAAAAAGGGAAAGAAGAUACAACAAAAUGAAUAUUGAAUCAGGAUUUGAUGAAUUCUUCCCUCUCAAAGAUUUCAAUGACAGGUCCAAAGGUUAUUUGGUUGAUGAUAUAUGCACAUUUGGAGCAGAAGUCUUUGUUUGUAAAGAAAGAAACAUGGGAAAAGGAGAAUCUUUAGCAAUGAUUAAAGAUGUCAUUACCUACAAGCAAAGGUGGAGAAUUGACAACUACUCAGGCUUUGCUUCAGAGUGUUUAGAAUCUAAACCAUUCAAUACCGGAAAAUAUAAGUGGAUAAUGAAACUUUAUCCCAAAGGACAAGGAAGUGGAAUAGGAAGUGGAUAUCUUUCUUUGUACAUAGCCUUAGCUGACCCAACAAGCCUUCUUUCAAGAUCCAAAAUAUAUGCACAAAUAACACUGCGCAUCCUUGAUCAGAAACAGAGUAAUGACUGGUUUGGGAAAGGUAAUUACUGGAUUAGUGGGUCAAGUGGUGAAAUUGGUUAUCACAGAUUCAUGUUGCUUAAUAAUUUCACUAGCCAAUACAAUGGGUAUCUAGUGAAAGAUAGUUCUUUACUAGAAGCAGAGGUUACAAUUCUUGGUGUGGUUGAUGCAUUGUUCUAACACCAAUUGUUCAAUGUAUUCUAACACAUAACACUAGUGUUGUAAGUCUCAAAUGCUUUCUGUGCAUUCAAAUAUUGCUGUGGUACAAAUAUUAUUGUAUUUAAAUUGCAUUGUAUAUAUAAAUAGAA